AUGUUUAAAAACUCCUUAAUCAUUGGAGCCUGUCUACUGACAUCUGCCCACGCGACUACAACCAGCGGCAGCUUUACUGCGCUGAGCUUCAAUGUCGCGGGUCUGCCAUCAAUCCUCAACUCCAACGAUGUCAAUGGCUCGAAAACCGAGAAUGCCGAGGAAAUCGGUACUUAUUUCGCGAAGUAUGGCUAUGAUAUCAUCAAUAUGCAGGAGGAUUUCAACUACCAUGCCUACAUUUACGACACUGAUGAUCACACCUACCGAACCGCGACUUCGGGUGGUGCCGGUAUUGGAAGUGGUUUGAACACCGUUUCCAACUACGACUGGAUUGACUUUACACGCACGAAGUGGGACACAUGUUCCGACGCGUCGGAGUAUGAUUGUCUUACUCCAAAGGGCUUCACCUUCAUGCGCUGGAAUCCAUCCAGUGGAGUCUACAUUGAUGUUUACAAUCUUCAUGCAGAUGCUGGCACUGAGGAUGGCGAUGAGACCGCUCGGAACGCCAACCUCCAGCAAGUUGCCGACUACAUCGACACUUAUUCUAUCGGAAAUGCUGUUCUCGUCAUGGGCGAUACCAACAGCCGUUAUACUCGUUCCGCGGACACUGGUAUCCGUGUCUUCAAGUCUCAAAAUGAUAUGGCCGAUGUCUGGGUUCAGCUAGAGCAAGCUGGUGUCUACCCUACCGCGGGCGCAGAUGCAGUUGUAUGCGAUAAUCCAUCCACGACUGAGACGUGUGAGACCGUUGACAAGGCUUUGUACCGUGGCUCCGACAUCAUCACCCUGACCGCCACCAGCUUCCUCUAUGAUGGUGAAGAGUUCUUGAACACGGACUCGGAUUACUUGGGCGACGUUCUUUCCGACCACAACCCUAUCUUGAUGGACUUUUCCUGGACAAUGUCCUCCUCCCUUCGACAGAGUGACUUCUCCGGUGGACCUCACGGAACCUGGUUCAACGAUCUUGAGAGUAUUCCGUCUUCUCCUGCGGCCUCCGUCCUUACUUUUGCUGGUGGAAGUCGCCUGGACUCGGUUGCCAUCGAACUCACCGAUGGUACGACCUUCAGCCACGGUGGAACCGGAGGAACAUCCGUUUCCCUUACUCUUGGAACUGAUGAGUACUGGAUUGAGACUGAGCUUUGCACUGGCAAAUACAACAGCGAAACCCGCAACUUCUACAUCAAGGCUACAACUAGCGCUGGAAACACGCUCGAGGCAGGAACCUCCACUUCUGACUGCUCCACUUUCACCGCUGACUCUGGCUUCGCUGUUGUGGGCUUCAUGGGACAGGAUGGAGAUGAGAUGGACCAGCUGGCCCUUAUCUACGCACCCUACUAA